AUGAGCCUGGUGCUGAGGAACCUGCAGCGCGUCGUCGCGCUCCGCCGGGCCCCGCUGCGCCGCGGCGUGGAGGCCGCCCGGGCCGCGCUCGGCGUGCGCGCCUUCGACCUGGCGCUCGUGUGCGUGGACGACGCGCGCAUGCGGCGCCUCAACCGGCGCUACCGGGGGCGCGACCGCCCCACCGACGUGCUGGCCUUCCCGUUCCACGAGGGCCUGCCCGCCGGCCAGCUCCCGCGGCCCGAGCGCGCCGAGGACCGCAGCCUGGGCGACAUCGUCCUGGACGUGGAGCUCGUGCGCCGGCACUGCGGCCCCGGCGAGGACUUCUACGGCGCGCUGACCGUGACGGCCACCCACGGGCUGUGCCAUCUGCUGGGCUUCACACACCGCACGGAGGCUGAGUGGCGAGAGAUGCUGCAGAAGGAGAUGCAGGUGCUGGAGGAGCUGGGACGGCGCACGGGGGUCAGGCUGCAGCCCCUGAGCAGGGAUCUCUUCUGAUGGGGCGCUGCGGCCCACAGCAGAGCUGCGGGUGCAUCAGCCACAGGCGGGACUGACUCAGUGAGGGGCCUGGGGGGAGCCAUCUCCACAUGUUCCUUUGUGGCACUGUGGUAUUCCCAGGGCACAGCUCUGAAGACUGAAGUGGGGUGUGGGGCUGGGCCCCCUCUGCCUCUGGCUGGCAAAGAGACACCCUCAGCCGGUCUCCAGCCUAGCGAGCGGGCGGGCAUGCCACCCCCCAACCUCGGCCGGGCCUGUAGCAUUGGCCUCGGUCCUUUAGGAGAAACAGGAUGAGGCUGACACUGGGGUUGGCCAGACCCAGGCAACCCAUGUUUCAGGAUUUCCCACCUGAGACGUUUCCCCAUCAGAGCGUUUGUUCGUAUGCUGAAGCCAAGGCCUGGCUGUGGGUGCAGCCCUGGGACCAUGUCCCCCUCGCUGCCCAGCUUCCAUUGUGCCGGCGUGUCCUCGGUCUGCUGAGGCCGCCACCCAGGAGGUCAGAGCCUCCUCGCCUGCUGUCCCCGCACGCAGGCUUCCCGGGCACCCUGGAGGGUGCUGAGCUGAUCUGGGUCUCCAUUACUUGAUGCCCAGGUGCAGCUCGGGUGCAGCCCUCCGGGGGCUCCGAAGAUGCCCUGUGGCCGGCUGCCAGAGGACAACCAACAGGUUUCUGCCUUCAAUCCAAUUAAUUCCGCCCAGAAAGAAAAAGAUCACGUUACAGAUGUUAACUAGAAAAGGGAAUCGAGGCUUUAAUUCGUGCAGCAAACGGGCGUCACGGUCCCCCCCCCCACCCCCCAAGCCGCCGCCUGCAUAAGGGUGGCCCCCAGGAGGCUGAGGUGGGGACGGGGUCUCUGCUCCUCAGCGUGCCUGAGGGAGCAGUAAAGGUGGCUUUUGGGCGCACCAGCAACACGGAGACAACAAGGCAGUUAGUGCGG